GUUCUGUCUCCACACUCAAUGCGGAUGUGCUGCUUCCGCUAAUUGGUGCUGGCUGUGGCGCGUUACUGUUCCUAGCAACAACGGUACUCGUAUGCGUUUGCAGAAAACGGAAAAUGCGAGAAAACUCUGUGGCGAACAAAAGAAAUGUUUCACUACUAGUAUGUAAACGAAGGACACGAAAUGAAGAUCAGAUGUACAUUACUGCAGUCGGAGUUUUGGAACACGAACCCCCUACAGCGUCUCAAGAUCAGAUGUACAUUACUGCAGUCGGAGUUUUGAAACAUGAACCCCCUACAGCAUCUCAAGGAAAUUGUCAAGUUGGGCAAAGCGACACUAGCAGCGUUUCAAAUGCUGUUCAUAAGUUUUCAACAUUCAAAGUUCUUCAAGAUUCUUCAGAGGUCGAAACAGUUGUGGGGAAAGAGGAUAAACACUAUGCUGAGAUAAUUGACUUGUUGGUCGCACCUACAACAACACCAAACUCAUUUUAGCGAUUUGUUCUCAGUAACUUCAAGUUUAUCAGUUAUACGUUACACGUUAAUCGUUAUACGGUGAUUUGUAAAAACUUGUCUGUCGGUUACCAGUUACCAUACGUCCGUAAACCACUAGUUCAUCUAUUACAUUCAACCUCAAGUCUUUCAGUAGUAUCCAGCUAUAAGUCUAUCAAUGAUCUGCAACCACAAGUUUAUCAGUAAUAUGUUACAUAAAGAAUGUCGGUUACCAGUUACAAUAUGUCCAUCGGUUAUCCGUAACAAUAACUAUGUGUAAUCACAUGUUUAGCGGCUAUCCGUUGCCACGAGUUUAUCCUUGUUCUGAUACUAUAAGUUUAUCGUUUAGCCGUGACCGCACGUAUAUCGGUUAUGUGUACACACAAGCAAAUUUAUUCUUGAAUUGAAUAUUUGUAAACCCAGUGCAUUUUCUGUACGUAAUUUGACUUUGUAUAUUAUGUGUAGUAGGCAAAAAUAAUUGAAAAAACACAAACAAAAACCGUACAUAGUAAUGAAAUAUAUUUAUUCGACCAUUAGCACUUGUGUUUGCAGAUAUAUUUAAGAGCUAUGCUCGGAACCGGUGAUAUCUGUAUGCAGAGAUUUCGGCAUACUAAUUAUGAUGAGCAUAAGAUGUGAAUAAACGUGCAAUUUUCAAUUGUUUAUAUUGUAACAUUCGCUAAGAAAAACUAAAACAAAAGCUCCGGUGUGAAUGCCGUUUAUUUUAAACAACAUAGCUGACAGGUAAUUAAAUUAAGUAGCAACUGACUGUGUAAUUAAAGUAACAGUAAUAAUUAUAUAUCAAUGCUAAUAUUGUUUCACAUUUAUUUAUGUUAUUCUGCACGAAACUCAUGUAGAUUUAUGCUUGUGCUCAUGUUUUUAUAAAGAAAUUUCUAACAAAUACAUUUUAAAAUUAACCAUUUAAAUCAAGUUGUCCUUCCAAUUUGUUUUAAUAAAACGGUCAUUUGAUAAUUUUUAAUCAAUCUUUAUAUGGACGAGUUCAUAUGUUUAAAUGUUUGAAUGGACACACACGUAUGAUUGUACAAACACAAUACGUGUAAAUACCCUACUUGUUUAUAUACUGGUGAUGGCAACUUCAUUUAUAAAAAAAUUCACCAAUAUCAUAUUAGUUACGCUUGUAUUCCACCGA